GACAGCCAAGUGCGAGACGGCAGAGAGCUGUUUUUGGUGCGUCUGACCCCUUUACUUCUCAUACGAUAAACCAAUAGGAAAAUUUUAUGCAAUGAGAAAAGAGAGCUUCGCUUUAACUUUGACCCAUCUUUCUCUCUCUCCCUCCCUCUAUCUCUCUUUUGGCAUAAUAUCCACCAUAAGCGGAGGCCCAGUUCUCCAUUGUGAUUUACAACUCUCUCUAGCUUCCCUCUCAGGCCUUUCUCUCUCUAAGCUCUAAACAGGUCUGAAGCUCACAGGAGAGCUUCCUUUCCACAGUGCCUUUCUUUUUGGUUUUUCUUUCACUGCCAAAGCAAAGCAGCUCAAGUGUGUGAUCCUUGAUAUCGGCUGGUUUUGACAGAGUUUGGAAGUAUGCUGGCUGCUAAUGCGAGAUUUUAGUCUGUUGAUAAUGGAUGUUGAGCUAUGAGUUUCUUCAAUCUGAUAUAUUUUAAAGCUCUCUGAUACCUCUGAUGGCCUCAAAAACUGGUGUGAGAGUUUCAACGAAGCAGCAACAGAAAACAGCUGGUGUUCAAACAGUGGAGGCAAAUGAUCUCAAGCCUUUACCUCUGCAGUAUGUGAAGGCAAGCAAACCUGUGUUGGUUGCAUCUGAACAACUACCAAAAUCUGUCCAAAAAAACCAGGCUAAAGGUGAAGGUGCUGAAGAUAAAGAAUCACCAAAUUCUACUCAAAAGGGGUUCUCUGAUUCCUUGAUUAAUAAAUUUAAUUCAAUUUCUUCCUCACUGGGUCUUGAGCAAGCAUCAACAGAAGUAGAUUCUUCUGUAAAUGAGACAAGAGCCUCACGGGCAAGUUUUGUUGAUCAAGAAAAGAAGACAUCAGAGUAUGGGAGUGUGAAGAGCAGUUCAGUUUCUGCUAAAGUUAGUGAUGGGACCAGUAGUCUUGCUAAGACCAGUGGAAGUGCCAAGAUUAGUGAUCGUGUUGAUUUUGUUGAGAGUGGCAAGAGCAGUAUGUGUAGAGGAAGCACAAGCAGCGAUGUAAGCGAUGAGAGUUCCUGUAGCAGCUUUAGUAGCAGUAUCAGCAAACCUCACAAAGCAAAUGACUUGAGAUGGGAGGCCAUCCAAGUAAUUCGAGCAAAAGAUGGGGCUUUGGGUUUGGGGCAUUUUAGACUGCUGAAGAGGCUGGGUUGUGGGGAUAUUGGCAGUGUCUAUCUGUCUGAGUUAAGUGGAACGAAAUGUUAUUUUGCAAUGAAGGUUAUGGACAAAGGGUCUCUAGCAAGUCGUAAGAAGCUGCUUCGUGCUCAGACAGAAAGAGAGAUACUGCAAUGUCUGGACCAUCCCUUCCUUCCAACGUUGUACACCCACUUUGAGACGGAUAAGUUCUCAUGCUUGGUAAUGGAGUUCUGUCCUGGAGGAGAUUUGCACACUCUUAGGCAGAGACAGCCAGGGAAGCAUUUCUCUGAGCAGGCAGUCAAAUUUUAUGUAGCAGAGGUCCUGCUAGCUAUGGAAUAUCUCCACAUGCUUGGGAUUGUCUACCGUGACCUUAAGCCGGAAAAUGUUCUCGUGAGGGAAGAUGGACACAUAAUGCUCUCUGACUUUGAUCUUUCUCUCCGCUGUGCUGUUAGUCCAACUCUUGUCAAAACCUCAUCUAUGGAAUCUGAACCGUUACGAAAAAACCCUGUGUAUUGCGUGCAGCCAGCUUGCAUUGAGCCUUCUUGUAUCCAGCCGUCUUGUGUAGUACCUACAACAUGCUUCUCACCACGCUUCUUUUCAAGCAAGUCCAAGAAGGACCGGAAACCCAAAAAUGAGAUAGGAAACCAAGUCAGCCCAUUACCUGAGCUCAUUGCAGAGCCAACUGAUGCUCGGUCUAUGUCAUUUGUUGGGACACACGAGUACUUGGCACCUGAGAUCGUCAAGGGUGAAGGUCAUGGAAGCGCUGUUGAUUGGUGGACUUUUGGAAUCUUUCUUUAUGAGUUAUUGUUUGGUAAAACUCCUUUUAAGGGAUCAGGAAAUCGGGCUACGUUAUUCAAUGUCGUCGGUCAGCCUCUUCGUUUUCCAGAAUCACUGGUUGUCAGUUUUGCCGCAAGGGAUCUCAUAAGGGGGUUGCUUGUAAAGGAGCCACAGCAUAGAUUGGCCUACAAACGAGGGGCAACUGAGAUCAAGCAACAUCCCUUCUUUGAAGGUGUGAAUUGGGCACUGAUACGCUGUGCUACUCCUCCUGAGAUCCCGAAGCCUGUUGAGAUUGAGAGAUUACCUGCACCAACAGCAUCGACAAGUGAAAAGGCUGCUGUCACUACACCUGCUCCUGAUCAGAAAGGUUCGGAUAAUUAUCUUGAGUUUGAUUUCUUUUAGUGCUGGUCGGUAUUGAUUGCAAAUGGUUUAUAUUGGAGAACUGUUUUGAAGAUUCCAGGGAUUGAUAGUGGUGAUUAUGAAGUUCUUUUAUUAGGAGUUUAUGAGGAAUUGUAUGAUUGGUCA